AUGCCAUCACCCAACAAGCGAACAGUCCUCAUUACAGGAUGCUCCCAAGGGGGUGUCGGUAACACGCUGGCGCUCGCAUUCGCAGCCCAGGGCCUGCGCGUCUUCGCAACCGCCCGUUCGCUCAAGUCGGUGGCGAACCUCACAGAGAAAGGCAUCGAAACGCUCACGCUCGACGUGACGAGCUCGGAGAGCAUCGCUACUGUGAAGGAAGAGAUUGUGAGACGUACAGGCGGCACCCUUGACAUUCUGUACAACAAUGCCGGUGCUCUCUACGAAGCACCAGCAGUAGAAGCAGACUCCUACCGCACCCGCCAAAUGUUCGACGCCAACGUCUUCGGCCUCUUCGACAUGGUAACAGCCUUCACUCCGCUUCUUCUCGCCGCCGUCUCCACCUCCCAAUCCUCCCAGCAACCGACAAUCGUCAACGUCGCGUCCGUCCUCGCCCGCCUCCCGGGGCCCUUCACAUCAGGCUACAACGCCACAAAGGCCGCCGUCGCGGCCUACUCGGACACCCUCCGCCUCGAGGUCGCGCCCCUCGGCCUGCGCGUGCUGACGGUCUACAUGGGCGAGGUGGCCACGUCCAUCAUCCAGGCCAACAACAUUUCGUUUGACAGGGACAGCCUGUACGUGGACGCCGAGGAUAAAGUAAGGGAGCGCAGCGCCACGCACGAGAAGACGACGAUGAAGCCUGAUGAGUUUGCGCGGCAGGUCGUGCCGCUCGUGCUUAAGAGCGGUGGAAGCCCGUAUGUAUGGAAGGGUACGAAUGCGUGGCUUGUUUGGUUUCUGAAUGCGUUUGGGCCCAGAAACGUGUUUGAUGGGACGAUGAAUGGGGCGGCGGGGUUGAGCGAUCCGGUGAUUAAGAAGAAGAUUUUCCAAAGGGGACAGGAAAAGGUCAAGAAGGCCUAG